AUGGACGUUCUUUGUUGUCAUGGCGCAGGGAGAACCAGCUCGCGUACAUGGACAUGGCAGACAUGGCUCGUGCUUUUUAUCUGUCUCUAUGGCGCAGGGGUAGCGCGCGCCCAAGUCCGUUAUUCCAUCCCAGAAGAGAUGGCGAAGGGCUCGCUCGUGGGGAAUAUCAUGCAGGAUCUGGGUUUGGAUGUUAAAAGGUUGAAAUCUGGUCGAGCGCGGAUCUUUACUGAGGACAGCAGCGAGUACAUCGGUCUGAAUGCGGAUAAAGGGACGCUGGUGGUGAAAGAAAGGAUAGAUAGAGAGGAGCUGUGCGCCCAAGUGUCUCCCUGCUCUCUGCAUUUCCAGAUCAUCGUUGAAAAUCCGAUGGAGCUUCAUCGAAUUGACGUGGAAAUAUUAGACAUCAACGACAAUGCUCCUGCUUUCGAGAGGAAGGAAAUCAGAUUCGAGAUAAGUGAAUCUGCUCCUCCCGGUGCUCGGUUCUCGUUAGAUAGCGCUAAAGACCCCGACGUAGCCAUAAAUACUCUCCAAACAUACCAACUGAAUCCCACCGAUCGUUUUAAAUUGAAUACCCUAUCUCGUCCAGAUGGAACAAAAUAUGUCGAAAUGGUUCUUCAGAUCGCACUUGAUAGAGAAAAGCAGGAAGAGCAUAAAUUAAUCUUAACUGCUUAUGAUGGCGGGACCCCCCAGAAAUCUGGCUCAGUCAAAAUCAACGUAAUUGUCUUAGAUGCAAACGACAAUUCUCCAGUGUUCAGCAAGUCUGUAUACAGGGUCACCUUACCAGAGAAUGCAUCAAAAGGCACCAUUGUCUUGCGAGUCAGUGCAACUGAUGCAGAUCAAGGAGGAAAUGGUGAGGUGACGUAUUCGUUUUCUCGAAGUACUGGUAGUAGCGCAUCAAGCUUGUUUAAUAUUGACACAUUUUCAGGCGAUAUUACAGUUAAUGGUAUGCUUGACUAUGAAAAAGUAAAACAUUAUGAGAUAGAUGUAGAGGCUACAGACAAAGGGGGUUUAACAGACACUAGUAAAGUGCUCAUUGAAAUGGCGGACGUAAACGACAAUGCACCAGUGAUUAGCAUAAUUUCCUUCUCCAACCCUAUUCCCGAGGACUCUGCUCCGGAGACGGUCAUAGCCAUGCUCAAUAUCAAAGACUUAGACUCCGGUAAAAACGGUCAGGUGAAGUGUUCUAUUAGUCCUGAUUUACCAUUCGGUAUAAAGUCAUCCUCUACUAAUUUCUACAGUUUAGUUUCUGAUCAGGCACUGGACCGUGAAACUGUGUCUGAAUAUAACAUAACAAUAACAGCCGCUGAUGAAGGGUCUCCAUCUUUUUCCACUAAUAAGACAGUAACACUGAAAAUAUCAGAUGUGAAUGACAACGCCCCCCUGUUUCCACGACAGUCGUACACAGUUUACGUUGUUGAGAAUAACUCACCUGGAAUGUCAAUAUUUUCUGUCAAGGCCAGCGACAAAGACUCUGGCAACAACGCGCAUAUUUCGUAUUUGCUCGAUGAUUAUCAAGUAAAUGGAUUGCCGGCGUCUGCGUGCGUUUCAGUGAAUGCAGAGAGCGGGGCGAUUCUUGCUGUGCGUUCUUUCGAUUAUGAGCAAAUGAAAGAGUUCCACAUUCGCGUAAAAGCGCAGGAUGGAGGCUCCCCUCCACUCAGUAGCAAUGUGACUGUGAAAAUAAUGAUCCAGGACCAGAAUGACAACGCUCCUCAGGUUCUGUACCCAGUCCAGACUAGCAGCUCUCUGGUGGCUGAAAUGGUGCCUCGUUCAGCAGAUGUGGGCUAUCUUGUUACUAAAGUGGUGGCUGUUGAUGUGGACUCUGGACAGAAUGCCUGGCUCUCGUACAAACUACAGAAAGCGACAGACAGGGCGCUGUUUGAAGUGGGUUUACAGAAUGGAGAAAUAAGAACUAUACGCCAAGUCAAUGAUAAAGAUGCUGUGAAACAAAGGCUCACUGUUGUAGUGGAGGACAACGGGCAGCCCUCUCGUUCAGCUACAGUCAAUGUUAACGUGGCGGUGGCGGACAGUUUCCCUGAAGUGCUCUCGGAGUUCACUGACUUUACGCACGACAAGAAGUACAAUGACAACCUGACUUUUUACUUAGUCUUGGCUCUGGCUGUAGUUUCAUUUUUCUUUAUUGUGUCCAUCAUAGCCAUCCUGUCAGUGAAAUGCUACAGAUGGAGACGAGAGCGCAUGUUUUACAAAUCCAACGGGAAUCUCCCAGUUAUUCCGUAUUACCCGCCCCUUUACGCAGACGUUGGAGGCACAGGUACUUUGAAGCACGUGUUCAAUUACGAGGUGUGUGGAACCACCGACCCCGGUAAGAGUGAUAUGAAAUAUGCCACACCUUACAGUCAGAGCAUCAUUAGUCUGGACGGAACCCAGACACUCCCCCAUGCGCAGAGGGACAAACUGAUCAGUGACAUUUCAGAAAACCCCACCGACCCAUACACCCCUACGUCCAGUCUGGUUCAGUUCAGUCCAGUAUACAUGUGGGAGACCUUUGGGUAUGAUUUCUUGCUUCUGGUUCAGAUCCCCACUUUGGUGAACUCUGAACUGUAG